AAACUGUCCGGGAAGCAGAAAACCUUCGCCAAAGCUACGUCCUGGCGGAAUGCAGUCUUUUGGCAGCGGAGGAAGCGAAGGCCAACGGCGUGAAAUUGAGCGUUUACGACUACCUCGCAGGCUACAAGGCGGCCGAGAUUCGUGUCGCCAGCAGUAGACCACAAGUUCCGCGGUGGAAUUAUGCGUCGAAUGGGGACAACGAGGGUGAUGAACAAGACCGGGGUGGCGAUGGGCAAACAUCUGGUGGAGUGGUAAAAAACAUUGCAGCCGAUCAGGUUGGGCUUGGUGAAAGCCGGAACGGGGAACAGGAGCAAGUGAUUUUUUCCAAAAAGCCAACACGGAAAAUCAAAAUGUUGUUCAAAUACGGUCUCCUGUACCAGGGGUGGUUUGCAUCACACGCAGUGGAAAUGUUGCUUGACCACAGCAAGGUGUUGCCGUGUUAUGUCAAGCUUGCGGAGUUUCGGAAAGCGCGACGACCGGGGAUGAAAAAAGCAAAUAAGAGCAAAAGCCCCGGAAGAUCUCUGAUUGCAACGUUGAUUCGCCCGGGCGUCGGGGCCGAAACCGGUGUACUGGCUGUCCUCGUAUGCGUGAUCCUCUUGCUCGCGUGUCUGUACUAUGCAUUGCAAAUAUGUCUGGGUCUGGAACAAGUUAGCAAUUUGUGAUGCUGUUUUUGGAUUCUAAAAAGAUCUGCAUUGCGUGACCAGGAUGAGGAGCCCAGUUUGUGCCACGCGGAGACGGCAUUUCUCAUGCGUAAGAGGCAUCUGGAAGCCCUCUAAAAAUCUGUGAUGGUAGGCUAUGCAUUACAGGCAUCAUGGAUCAUGGAAAAUAUGCAUGACAAAGGGACGCCCUGCCCUUAGUUUUCCAACAUGACAAACCUGGUAAUCUUCCAGACCCAGACACAUUUGCACUUGAUAUGUACCCGAUCUGCGGAUGGAUCUUGGAGCGGGAAAAAUUGGUACGAUAAAAUUAAAAAUGAACGGAUGAAUGAAGGGCGCACUGGUUUUUUCGUGGUGAUAAAUAGAUACGGUAGAGGAAAAAACUUACAUACUUUCAGAUAUAAAUAAAUUGGAUACCAAACCACCAUCACCAAAAAUUUUUCCAGAACAAUAAAACACUUCAUCCAGGGUUUUUUGGUUUCGCGAGACACCAAUAUUCCGGCGCUGGCUUCCCGCCGCUUCAAGUACGAGGUUGGCCAGUAUGCGUUGGAGGGUGUGUUGGCGCUAUUUUUUUGCUGGCGUUACGGCCUCGUGAACCAACUAUCUUGCGACGGUCCAGGUAUAAUGUGCCACUAUGUUCUUAUGAAGAUGAGCCUCCUGUUCGUUGGAUGGCUUCAUUGCGUUUUUUCGCCAAAAGUUGAACAUGAAUGAAAUGAAAAAGUUUCGAAACCCCACUGAUUUGUCGAUACUUGAUAACGAGUUGUACUUGUUUUCUCACCGCGACCUUGCGUAGUUGCCGUAGACAGCAAGAAUUUUUCCUACAUCAAAAGGUUACUUUCUGGUGGCCUUUGGUUUUCUGUUUUCGAAGGCCUUUCUCGCCGCGAGCUUCGACGCUUGUGACAAUGUGCUGCAGAUGCCGAUGCAGGUCUUUCUGGUAGCGCCGCUGAUGCAGUUCUUAUCGUCGCUAACGACUCCCUUCGUGUUGGCCGGAGUGUGGCUUCUCUUCGCG